AUGCAUCCACUGAGAGAGAGAGCAUGUGACCAUUUGCUAGAACAUCCUUUACUACGCACUCCACCACCCGAACCAGAGAGGCCACGACCGCCUCGCGUACGGAAACCAAGGGAAUUUAAACUUCCGCCAAGGUUUCCCUUGCUUUCUAAAGAUUUUUAUGCAACAUGGUGCAAUCAUCAAAAAGAACUGCAAAUGUCUAAGCAUAAGGUGGACGAUCACCCGCCGGAACUUUUUCCUGAAUUAUAUUUGAAGCCUCGAAGGCUCAACUACUACGCUCGUCAGUUGGAAGAAAAUAUGAACGUUAAUAAAGAAUUGCUCAAACGAAUUAAUCUCAUACAAAGGACUGGGGGUUUUGUGGAUUGCUGGAUGUACCCCGAGCCUACGGACACAUACAAUAAGCUGUUGUGUAAACAAAGACAACGUGUCUUGGAUGAAAUACGAAAACAAAACUUGUAUUUUUAUUCGAGGCUUCUUAUAGCGAGAUCGGAACAACCUCUCACAAAAGAACUGGAAGAUGCGUGGAAGGAUACAAAGCAUAAACUUAUAUUGGGUGCAUCGCUUCCAUUUAUUCUUUUCAAAACUGAGAAAAUUGAUCGUGAUAUUAGAGAUCCUGCUUUCGACAAACCACCAAAUGUAAACCGUACAAAAGUGUCUUUGGACAUUUGGGUUGUCGGAGGCUCAAAGAUCGGACGUGUUAUUGCUGAAUUAUUCAAUGAAAUUGCACCUAAAACUUGUCAAUUAUUCCUUAGUCUUUUAAAAGGUGAUUCCAGAGGACACGCGUACAUGGGGACCAGGUUUUUCAGAGUUGUACCGAAUCUAUACUGUCGUGGAGGUGACGUCGUCAAAGACAAUGGUUUUGGUUGUUUUUUGCCCGAAGGUGAAGUAGAACUGAUGACAGCUGAGAACUUUAAAUUAAAUCACACUGUACCAGGAGUAAUGUCUAUGGCAGUCACACCAGACAAUGAAGUUUGCGGACAGUUCAAUAUAAUUUUCAAACCUCUACCUCAGUUUGACGGAAAACAUGUCGUCUUUGGAAGAAUUAUCGCGGGUCCAACUCAAGCCCUCGAACGUAUCAGUGCUUUAGGGUUGCCACUCGGCACUACCACCUCCGACUGUAUUAUACGCAACUGUGGCUGGUUUACACGUAGCGGACAAUACAGAGAUGGCAACCCCAAUACUAUCAAGUUUCCGCCGAGGAGAAAAGCUAAAAAGUAG